UAAAUUAAUGAAAGCAGUAACAAGUGAAACGCAACUUAAAGGCCCUUGUGUAAUCAUUUGGCAUAUAAGACCACACCCCUGGUCGGAGCACAUAUAGACGGAAGACACAGAGUGAAUGAGAAUGGAUACUUCGAUGGUAAUACACAGCGGUGGAUGUCAUUGUAAAAGAGUGAGAUGGAAAGUACAGGCACCAACAAAUUUAGUAGCCUGGGAUUGCAACUGUUCUAGUUGUUCUAUGAGAAGAAACACCCACUUCAUUGUCCCUUCUGAAAGAUUUGAAAUUCUUGGAGAUUCAAAAGAGUUCCUCACGACUUACACUUUUGGCACUCACACAGCACAGCACACUUUCUGUAAGGUUUGUGGCAUAACUUCAUUCUACAUUCCACGGUCCAAUCCCGACGGAGUGGCAGUUACUUUGAGGUGUAUUGAUCCCGGAACAGUGACCCAUGUUGAGAUCAAGGCCUUCGAUGGAGAGAACUGGGAGAACUCGUAUACUACGUCAGGAAUCGCUUCAUGUUCAAAAGUACUGCCUGUAGAAUUAAAUUGAUGAUUGUUAGGAGUUGAAAGGAUAUUUGACCAUAUUAAUCUACAUUCAUGUGAGAUAGAUGUUGGAGAUGCUUUAAUAUGAAAACAGGGCAAGAGUAAACUGGAGCUCAGAACUCUUUAUAGAUAUUACAAGUCUGCUUAGACACUGAGUUCGUUUCCAUAAGUCGAUACACUAAAUUCAGAUUAAAACUGUUAAGUGUUGCAUUAAAAUCAAGAAUAAGAGUGUUAAAUUUAAUUUGGGUUUUGCA